AUGCCUCCAAGCCUCCAAGCCACAACUCUCCAAUCCUCCAAGUCCCCAUGCCUGCAAACUUCGAAGGCUCCAAAUCCCCAUGCCUCCAACUCUCCAAGCCUCCAACCUUGCAAGUCUCCAAGCAUCCAUGGCUCCAAGCCUCCUAGCCACAAGUCUCCAAGCCACCAAGUCCCCAUGCCUGCAAACAUCCAAGCCUCCAAGUACCCAUGCCUCCAAGCCUCAAUGUCACCAUGCCUCCAAGCCUCCAUGUCACCAUGGCUCCAAGCUUCUAAGCCUCCAUGUCCCCAUGCCUCCCAACCUCCAAGCCACUAUGUCUCCAAGCCUGCAAGUCCCCAUGCCUCCAAGCUUCCAAAAUUCCAACCUCCAUGUCUCCAUGCCUCCAAGCCUCCAAGUCACCCAUGCCUCCUUGGUGUUGAUAGCCGACACCACCGCGCCACGCCUGACUUGGACGUCGUUCUGGGCUAG